AUGGCCGACCAAAAGCCCUCUGCCCGCGACCGCGACCACGACCACGACGCAGACGAAGAAGACGUGGACGCGCUGCUCGCCUCUCUCGAAAACGAAGACGACUCAGCCUACCGCGCCCAGCGCCUCGAACAGCUGAACGCCGAACUCGCCUCCGCAAAACACACCCACGGCCGCCCCGACGGCGGCGCGGCAACCCGCACCCUCCAAGACAGCAGCUACCCGACGCUCAACAGCGACCAGGCGCUGCUGGACCUGACGACAGAGACGAAGCGGAGUGUGGUGCACUUUGCGCACCCGGAUUUUGCGCGGUGCGCGACGAUGGACGAGCACAUGCGGCAGCUGGCAGCGGCGCACUACGAGGUGCGGUUUGCGCGCGUCGACGUCCGCAACACGCCGUUUGUCGUGGAGAAGUUGAAGAUCCGCGUGCUGCCGUGCGUGAUCGGGUUCAAGGAUGGCAUUGCCGUCGAGCGCGUGCUGGGCUUCGAGGGGUUGGCGUCUGGCGGCCGCGACGGCAUGGAUGCCAUCAGCACGGCGACGCUGGAAAAGAGGCUGCUGUACAAGGGGAUCUUGAUGCAGGCGCGGCUCAAGGCUGGAGAGGACGGGUCGGAUGGGUCGGACGCGGAGAGCGACGAGGGCGGGAGAUCGCGCCCAAAGGGUCGGGCGAUUCGAAGCGGGAACGCACGCUACAACAGGAACGAUGAGGACGAUGAUGACGACUGGGACUGA